UUUAUUCCAUAAAUGCGCACUGGUAGUUGCUGCCUUCUUCCGUGCUCUUAAGUAAAUGUCUAACUGUGCAGCGCAAACAGUAUCCUAACCUAUGGCUGUGUGUGGGAGAGAAGACGUAUUAAUGGAACUCCAAACUGAUUCUGUCUUCUGUUCUUUCCUAAACAAAAUUGGGAAUCAGCAGUACUUCAGCAUCUCGCUCGAGUUAGGACGUCGACGUCACAAGGGGGCGGUCUAUUCUUAGGUGACGUAGCGGGGACGCCAGGCGUUCUCUGCUCCACAGGUUUUUGUUUUUUUUUUCUGGUAAAGUUCUUUGCAAAGUUUGGAGCGGCGGCAGCAGCUCGUGCACGGUGUUUUAUUGUCAGUCAGUCAGCAGCAUGCAGAUCCAGGAGUUGCUGAAGAGUCUGGGGGCCCAGGGCAGCCUGCGAUUCCCAGACUUUGAGGAGAUCCGAAAGUACGUCCACAGCCUGUCCACAUCGUCUCUGAUCGGGCUGGGUGCCUUCGCCACUCUCACUGCUUACUGGCUGGCCACGCGACCACGGCCCAUCCGGGCACCAUGCGACCUGGAGCAUCAGUCUGUACCAGUGCAGGGAGACCCCAGCUGCCGGAGGUCGGCUCUUCUGAAGGAUGAGACUCUGUUGGACUUUUACUACAAGGACACGAAGACGGCCUACGAGAUGUUCCAGAGGGGGCUGCAGAUCUCAGGUGAAGGACCCUGCCUCGGGUUCAGGAAACCCAAAGGUCCCUACGAGUGGAUCUCCUACAAAGAGGUUUCGGACCAGGCUGAGUUUUUGGGCUCGGGCCUCCUGCACAGAGGCUGUCUGCCUUCUCCAGACCAGUUCAUCGGGGUCUUCGCACAGAACCGACCCGAGUGGGUGGUUGCUGAGCUGGCCUGUUACACUUACUCCAUGACUGUGGUCCCUCUGUAUGACACUCUGGGUGAAGAGGCGAUGGUGCACAUUCUCAAUAUCGCGGAGAUCUCCAUGGUGAUCUGUGACAAGCCUGAGAAGGCGGGGACUCUGCUGACCAAUGUGGAGCAGUCUCUGACCCCCGGCCUCAAAACCAUCAUCCUCAUGAACUCGUGCGAUGCCGCCCUGCUGGAGAGGGGGAGGAACUGCGGGGUGGAGAUACUGCAGUUCCGUGACAUCAUGGAACAAGGUCGUCAGAAUCACAAAGCCCCGGUCCCCCCACGGCCCGAGGAUCUAGCUGUGGUGUGCUUUACCAGUGGAACCACAGGCAAACCCAAAGGGGCGAUGAUCACUCACGGGAACAUAGCGUCCAACACCUCGUCUGUGAUCAAGAUCCUGGAGGGUUCAUUUGUGAUCCGCCAGGAAGACGUCACCAUUUCAUACCUGCCGCUCGCUCACAUGUUUGAAAGGAUGAUCCAGGUCUCCAUGUUCUGCCACGGCGCCCGAGUCGGGUUCUAUCAGGGCGAUAUCCAGCUUCUCAUGGACGACAUCAAGACCCUCAAGCCAACCUUCUUCCCCGUGGUGCCUCGGCUUCUCAACAGGAUCUAUGACAAGAUCCUGGGAAGCGUCGCCUCCCCUCUGAGGAGGGCUGUCCUGCAGUAUGCAGUACGAUGGAAGCAGGCAGAGCUGAGCAGCGGCAUUGUGAGGAACAACAGCUUCUGGGACCUGCUGCUCUUCAACAGGAUCCAGGCCAGUCUGGGUGGAAACCUGAGGUUUAUAUUAACCGCGUCGGCACCCAUCUCCCCCAGCGUGCUCACCUUCCUCCGGGCUGUGCUGGGCUGCUUGAUAUUCGAAGGUUAUGGGCAGACUGAGUGCACUGCCGGCUGCACCUUCUCCAUGCCAGGAGACUGGACUGCAGGUCACGUCGGCGCCCCGCUGCCCUGUGCCUUGGUGAAAGUGGUGGAUAUCGAGGAGAUGAACUACCUGGCAUCAAACGGAGAGGGGGAGAUCUGUAUUAAAGGGCCCAGCGUGUUUCAGGGCUAUCUGAAGGAUGCAGAGAAGACGUCCGAGGCGCUGGACUCACAGGGCUGGCUGCACACGGGGGACGUGGGGAAAUGGUUACCGAACGGAGCCCUGAAGAUCAUCGACCGGAAGAAGCACAUGUUCAAGCUGUCGCAGGGCGAGUACAUCGCCCCCGAGAAGAUCGAGAACGUGUACCUGCGCAGCGCGGCCCUGCUGCAGGUGUUUGUGCACGGAGACAGUCUGCAGUCUCAUCUUAUCGGAAUAGUUGUUCCCGACCCAGAAGUGUUUACUGGCUGGGCCCAGGAAAAGGGAAUUGUGGGAUCGUACGAUGAGCUCUGCAGGAAUCAGGAGGUGAAGAAGGCAAUCCUGGAAGACCUGACAAGACUCGGGAAGGAAGCCGGGCUCAAGUCCUUCGAACAGGUGAAAGAUCUUUACGUUCAUCCAGAAAUGUUCAGCAUCUGCAACGGGCUCCUCACCCCGACCAUGAAAGCCAGACGGGCCGACAUCCGGAAGCGGUUCCAGGGUCAGAUCAGCAGGCUGUACUCCAAGUCUGCCUUUUAACCCAGCCUGAGAGCAGACAGUGGGUGGGGCAGGGCAGGACUGGGGGCGGGAGGGGCGGCUGCAGCAGAUUCAGGAAAAUAGAGAAGCUGCACAGCCUGGACUGCACUAGAAACCAGCAAAAUAGGAAAGGGAGAGACCGACGAGUGGAAACCUGAAGACCUAGAACUGUGAUCCACAGCGCCCCUUGCUGGGAAAACAGUGAGCUGCCUCUUAUUUAACUUGAAGCCCCUUUUGAAUUUAUAAAGCUCCGGGACUCUUUCUUUAUCAGGGAAGGGUGGUCACUUGUAUGAAAGUUGUGUAGGCUCCUCUGAAGGUGGCUCACCUUGGUACUUUGAGAAAUUUGCGAUCCCAUUUCCAACCAACCAGGGUUUUUUAGCAGAACAGAUCUGAACUAAACACGGUUUCUUUUUUUCUAAUAUGUUCUUGUGCAAUGGAAUUGUAUGUUCACUAAUGUACUCGCAUGACCCUCCCGUCUCUGUGUUUAGAAACGUCUGCUUGUGUUGUAUCAUUACGUAGCCUGUAUUCUUGGUACUGCCCGGGCUCUGUUAGUGUUCAGACUUCCUUGAGUUCAAGUUCAAAGUCAUUUCUGUGGACCAAUUCAGUCUUAAAAAAAGUUCUGCGACGCAGGGGACCCAUCUGCAGUGAGAACGGGUUUGCCUUUGAGCUGCAGCUGUCCUGAGUCUGAGCUGAAGCCCAUCGUGACGGCUCCUGAGAGCUGAUUCAUGAUCGUGGUAUUUCAGUGAAGUGCUGAUAGCAGCCCCCUGUUCUUAACACACUGCACUGCCAGGGCACCUGUAUUAGGACUGAAUUACAUUGUGGGUGUCGGAGCACUGGACCGGGCACAGGAAUUAGGAUGCUCCUCCAAAUUGUCCUGGAGCCCCUUGAGUUGUUAUUACAAUGAACGAGGAGAUUAACUGUUUACAUGUGGCAGGGACCUAGCCCUCCUGAUCAUUUUCAAUUACACAUCUGUUUACCAGUUAAUACCAUAUAGAUUAGUAAAUACAUCUGCAGAGAGACACCUACACACACAGAGGCCCCUACACACACGCACAGAGACUCUUGCACACACACACAGGGACCCCUACACACACGCACAGAGACACCUGCACAGAGACACCUGCACACAUGCACAGAGACUCUUACACACACACAGGGACCCCUACACACACGCACAGAGACACCUGCACAGAGACUCUUACACACGCACAGAGACUCUUGCACACACACACAGGGACCCCUACACACACGCACAGAGACACCUGCACAGAGACUCUUACACACGCACAGAGACUCUUGCACACACGCACAGAGACACCUACACACAUGCACAGAGGGUCUUACACACCUGCACAGGGGCACCGCUAGAUAUUCACACACCUCAUACAUUUCAAUCCUGUUCUGAGUAUCGUCUCAUAAAUACCGAUCUUUAUGUUUGUUUGUUUGUUUAAAUGGGAGGCAAUACUUUUUGAUCAUAGUGUUUUGUUUUUUAAUGGUCUGAAGCAGAGCUUCUCGAACCCCGGACCCCCUGUGUCUGCUGCUUUUCAUUCUAGCCAGGCUCUCAAUUACUUAACUAGACUCUUGAUUUAACUGAUAAUUUGCUUAAUUAAACCUUUUCACUUGUUUUCCGCUCUUAAACAUUUGCAUUUCAAGUUAUUUAUAAAAUGAUAUAGCUAACUUGAAAUCUUCAACUGUUUAAGAGCUGAACACAAGUAAAAAGGUUUAAGCACAUUGUCAGUACAAUUAAGGGUCUAGUUAAGUAAUUGAGCUGGAAUGAAAACCAGCAGACAGGACCGGGGUUGAGAAGCCCUGUUAUAGAUGGUGGUUGACUGCAAUUCCGAGGAAACCUAGAAAAUAAAACUUGCAUUGCAAAAGUCUGACCACAAGGGGGCAGUGUUGUCCCAUUAACAGGUCAACUGUGAAACGUGCUGAAUCGACGUCGUCUCGGUGUGUGGCAAAACUCACUGCUGAAAAUCGCUACAAUUGGUCCAUUGUUAAUAUAGUAUACUACUUUUAACGGUAGGAAUUGCUGCUGUGACGUUAACGGCAUAGCCUUGACUAAAUUCAGCGAGCGUGUUGUAGAAGACACGCCAGCUUGUAUUAAUUAUGAAUUGAAUUGUUGUGUAUAUUGUGAUAUUUAUGAAACCACAGGAAUGUAGUAUUUCUGUAUGUAGGAAUCCCGCUAGAGGAUCUUAGGAAAGGGUUUCCGUGGGCUGUGGCUCAGUGGAGGGCUGGGAUCUGGAGCGCGCUAAUGCAAUAGGCUGCCACUGUCGAGGUAUCGGGUAGAGGGUGGAUGAAGGUUUUAAUCAAUAACAAAUAAUCAUGUGUAACAAAAGAAGCGAUUCUGCAUAAUUAGGAGUGCUAUGCUAUUGGGUUUCUCUCCGAGCACCACGACAGCGUCUCGGUUGUAAUUUCAGUGUCGGGUCUGUGUGUGCUGUAUCACGUGUGCUGUAUCAUGAGCAAUUGCUGUUUUUGUUGAAAAUGUUCUAUCGCUUCUUUUCACUGUUUUGUCUCUUGUGAAUUACAGAAGUAAAAAAAUGCAGAACUGGAAAA